UGGCGCUAGCUCUCGUUUCCUUAAGGUCAAUGUGUUGUUUUAGCUUUUCUUCUCAGACACAGAAAAAAAAAUAAACAAAGGAGAGGAAGAAGAUGAAGAGUUUUCGGAGCAUAAGAUCGAUAUUCAUGCAUGCCGACAGUGUGGAUUUAAUGCUGAUGGGAUUAGGUUCACUCGGAGCCAUCGCUGAUGGUUUCAUCACUCCUAUAACAUUUUUCAUCACCGGCUUGCUGCUGAACAACAUCGGUGGUUCCUCAGUCGCUGAUGAAACCUUCAUGCAUUCCAUCAUGAAGAACGUUGUAGCUCUGCUUUAUGUGGCUUCUGCAUCUUUGGUGAUAUGUUUCGUUGAAGGAUAUUGCUGGACAAGGACAGGGGAGAGACAAUCAUCACGAAUGAGAAAGAGGUACUUACGAGCAGUAUUAAGACAAGAUGUGGGUUACUUUGAUCUUCAUGUAGCAAGCACUUCUGAUGUUAUCACUAGUGUCUCAAGUGACACCCUCGUCAUCCAAGAUGUCCUUAGUGAAAAGUUACCAAACUUUUUGAUGAAUGCAUCGGCGUUUGUCGCAAGCUACAUCGUGGGAUUCAUCAUGUUAUGGAGACUCACCAUCGUAGGCUUCCCGUUCUUUAUUGUCCUCUUGAUCCCUGGACUGGUGUGCGGACGAGCCCUUAUCAGCAUCUCGAGAAAAAUACGUGAAGAGUACAAUGAGGCUGGUACUAUUGCUGAGCAAGCUAUCUCGUUGGUACGAACCGUGUAUGCAUUUGGUAGUGAGAGGAAGAUGAAAUCAAAAUUCUCGGCUGCGCUUCAAGGCUCGGUGAAGCUAGGACUACAACAAGGACUAGCUAAAGGAAUCACCAUUGGGAGCAACGGUAUCGUUUACGCCAUCUGGGGGUUCAUGACUUGGUACGGCAGUCGGAUGGUUAUGUACCACGGCGCCAAAGGUGGUACUAUCUUCGCAACCAUCAUAUGUAUCACCUAUGGUGGCUCAUCACUUGGUCGAGGUUUGUUGAAUCUCAAAUAUUUCUCAGAGGCGGCUGUAGCAGGGGAAAGGAUUAUCAAAGUGAUUAAAAGAGUUCCCAAUAUUGAUUCAGAUAACAAGGAUGGUCAAAUUUUACAUAAAGUAAAAGGAGAAGUCGAAUUUAAGCAUGUGAAAUUCAUGUACCCGUCUAGACCUGAAACCUCAAUCUGUGAUGAUUUUUGUUUGAAAGUUCCAAGUGGGAAAACUGUGGCUUUGGUGGGAGGAAGCGGCUCGGGAAAAUCAACUGUGAUAUCUCUUCUUCAAAGGUUUUAUGAUCCAGUCGCGGGAGAUAUUCUCAUUGAUGGCGUGUCCAUUAGUAAGUUACAAGUGAAAUGGUUGAGAUCACAAAUGGGUCUUGUUAGCCAAGAGCCAGCACUCUUUGCCACAUCAAUACAAGAGAACAUACUUUUUGGUAAGGAGGACGCAUCCAUGGAUGAAGUAGUGGAAGCUGCCAAGGCCUCUAAUGCUCAUAAUUUCAUUUCUCAGUUCCCUCAUGCGUAUAAAACUCAGGUUGGGGAAAGAGGAAUACAAAUGUCAGGGGGUCAGAAGCAAAGGAUUGCAAUUGCACGUGCGAUAAUUAAAUCACCAACACUUCUCCUUCUAGACGAGGCAACAAGCGCGUUGGACUCAGAAUCCGAAAGGGUAGUCCAAGAAGCCUUGGACAAUGCUUCUAUUGGUCGUACAACUAUAGUUAUUGCUCACCGUCUUUCUACAAUUCGUAACGCUGAUUUUAUUUGUGUAGUCCACAACGGUUGCAUAGUAGAAACUGGAUCACACGAAGAGCUUGUGAAAAAUUUAGAUGGUCAGUACGCUUUUCUAACCAGCUUACAACAGCUGGGAAAUGAAGAAAGAAAUGAUAAUAUCAAUGUAAGUACGCAAGGGGGUCAAGUCUCGAUUUUGAACCAAGAUUUGAAGUAUAGUCCAAAGAUUUCUAUUCAAAGCCGGUCAAACUUGUUCUCGACUUCAAGCACUGAUACAAAUCUUCCUGGUUUGACUCUAAAGGAUAAGAAGACGCUUAAACCAUCGUUUAAGAGAUUGAUGGCGAUGAAUAAACCAGAGUGGAAACAUGCAUUGUAUGGUUGCUUAAGUGCAGCCCUAUAUGGGGCCAUACAACCACUAUAUUCAUAUGUUUCAGGAUCGAUGGUGUCAGUUUAUUUUCUAACGAGCCAUGAUGAGAUCAAGGAGAAAGCAAGGGUAUAUGUGUUGCUCUUUCUUGGUCUAGCUAUAUUCAGUUUUGUGAUCAGUAUCAUUCAACAUUAUAGUUUUGCUUACAUGGGCGAAUAUCUAACAAAACGUGUCCGAGAAAAUAUUAUUUCAAAGUUAUUGACCUUUGAAGUAAGCUGGUUCGAUGAAGAAGAGAACUCGAGUGGUGUAAUUUGCUCUAGACUAGCAAAAGAUGCAAACGUGGUGAGAUCUCUUGUUGGCGAACGGGUGUCAUUGUUAGUACAAACUAUAUCGGCAGUAAGCAUCGCUUGCACACUUGGUAUGGUCAUCGCAUGGAAAUUCGCCAUUGUGAUGAUUGCGGUACAACCAGUGGUUGUUUUGUGCUUCUACGGACAUCGUAUUAUACUCAAAAGCUUAUCCCAAAAAGCCAUUGAAGCCCAAGACGAGAGCAGCAAACUAGCUGCGGAAGCUGUCUCAAACAUCCGAACCAUCACAUCUUUCUCAUCACAAGAACGAAUCAUAAAGUUAUUAGAAAGAGUUCAAGAAGGUCCACGAAGAGAAAACAUCCGACAAUCGUGGUUAGCAGGGAUAGUGCUUGCAGCUUCACGAAGCGUCAUGACGUGCAUUUCAGUUUUGAACUUCUGGUACGGGAGUAGACUUAUUGCUGAUGGGAAGAUAAUGUCUAAAGAAUUCUUUGAGUUGUUUAUAGUCUUUGUGAGUACGGGUCGCGUUAUUGCAGACGCUGGAGCCAUGACAACGGAUCUAGCUAAGGGCUCGGAUGCGGUUAUGUCUGUGUUUGCAGUGUUAGAUCGAUGCACAACCAUUGAGCCGGAGAAUACGGAUGGAUACCUCCCUGAAAAAAUGAAAGGACAAAUCAGAUUUGUCAAUGUGGACUUCGCUUACCCAACACGACCCGAUGUGAUUAUAUUCAAGAACUUCUCCAUUGAGAUCAAUGAAGGGAAGUCUACAGCAAUUGUCGGUACAAGCGGGUCAGGUAAAUCCACAGUAAUUAGCUUAAUCGAGCGGUUCUAUGACCCAUUAAAUGGUAUUGUGAAAAUCGAUGGUCGCGAUAUAAAAUCGUAUCAUUUGAGAUCGCUUCGUCAACACAUAGCUUUGGUUAGUCAAGAGCCAGUGCUUUUUGCUGGGACGAUUAGAGAGAACAUCAUGUAUGGAGGAAUAUCAGACAAGAUCGACGAGUCUGAGGUUAUCGUGGCGGCAAAGGCAGCGAAUGCUCAUGCUUUCAUCUUAUCAUUAUCGAACGGCUAUGACACGUACUGCGGAGAUAGAGGUAUACAAUUGUCAGGUGGUCAAAAACAAAGGAUAGCAAUUGCUCGAGCUGUUCUAAGAAACCCAUCAGUGUUGCUUCUUGAUGAAGCUACAAGCGCUCUAGACAACCAGUCAGAACGUAUUGUGCAAGACGCGCUCGAGUGUUUGUUGGUUGGGAGGACAAGCGUUGUGAUUGCACAUAGACUUAGCACGAUUCAAAACUGUGACAUGAUAACUGUUUUAGACAAAGGGGAAGUUGUCGAGUCUGGAACACACUCUUCCUUGUUGGGAAAAGGUCCCACGGGCAUCUAUUUUUCAUUGGUGAGUCACCAGACAACUCACUGUUGAAACACAUUUCACUCUUCCUUUUUUAAAAAAAAAAAAAAAUGAAAUUUAAGUUAUUCUACUUACAGUAUAUUGAUUAUUGAAUGCCAUAUACAUUAGGAAACCUGUUAGUAAUGUCGA